GUUUCGCCCAUCAGCAACUGCCCCUCCGCAGCAAGCAGGGGGCUGCCAGGUGGCGGCGCAAACGGCCAGCAACUCGACCCGGUGGCAAGGAGACACACGGACCGGGCAUCUGAAACACGACCCCAGGUACCUAAAAUGGCUUCAACCUUGCUUUCCACGAGAGCACGGUAGCGAAAAAUCUCCCCUGAUCAGUCACACACGAGGUUGCAGCAGUGCGAGCGGGCAAUCUAUCUCAGGCCUCGGGCCCUUACCUCGGUUUUCCAGCACAACAGAUGGCCGUGUGUUCUUGGUGUUCUUUGUUCCCGUGUGUUAUGUCCCGAGUUAAUGAGUCGCUCGGAGUUUUUAAUAUGACAUUCCAAUGCCUCCCACUGUCCAGAUGGAAAGUGAAAUAUGCAAGUCACCUUUUGUGGCUGGGCGUUAGGUUGGCCAGGCCCAGCAGAUCUUUUCCUCAUCAUCAAAAUCCAUAUUCCGGAGUAAUCCAAGAUAUCAACGAUCAAUUCCCAAGUUGUGGUGCCCCCUGCCCCCCAUGUAAUUACGAGGUUGGGCCAGUUCCUUGUGAAACCCACGGCACCUGCACGCCCUGCAGCUGCCUGCAUUUGGUGUUAUUAGCUUCGUUGGGCAUUCUGCGGUACAAGAUCGGGCCCGUGCCCUCCACACACCAACGGCGCGCUUCGUCGUGGCUCCAGCGAAGCGCACGGAUCGGGGGGCUCUCCCCGCCGCUGUUCGAUAGUGUAGCCUCCCGGUUUCCUCAUUUGUCAGCCGAGUCAACGGGGCCCGCGUUGGGCCGACUCGAGUGGGCAGAGUUCCAAGGUGUUCCAUCGAUUGCGGUCCUUUCUCACGUGUCCCCCUUCUACAACAGCGUUGGCCUGGUAGGCCUUGCUGAUUCUACACUAGGUACUUAUAUGUACUACCUACGGAUUACACAAAGUCUGUGAUCUAAAAAUAGAAUCAAGGAACUUGGCUGUGCGACCUUAAGAAGCAUGCCUAUGGGAUCACCUGACCCCCCAUACGAUACCUCCUGAGGUAGCCAAACGUCAAGCUCGGGGAAGGCACCUUUCUUUAUUCUACUCUCUGUUUUGUCGAUUCUAACUUCAAACCAUCAGAUCGUGUUUGCAGUUGAAUCUCCUGCUCUAAUCCAGAUCAAAUCCAAACCCAUCAGGGUUUGCGAAG